UCUGGUUCUUCUAACUUGUUCUGCAAAACACCUCCACCGAUGGCUUCUACACCUAAUCAAGAAGCAAUCGAUACGUUCAUCAGCAUCACCGGUUCUUCUCAAUCUGUUGCCAUUCAAAAACUCACCGAGCAUGGUGGUGAUCUCAAUGCAGCUGUCAAUGCCCAUUUCACUGAAGGAGACAGAAACAUCAGACGUGACACAUCCGUUGCUGAUCCACAUGAGGAUUUUAUGGACUUAGAUGAUUCAAGUCAAACUGCAUUUUCUAGACCUCCAUUAUCACUCUUUCCUUCCGCUAGAGACAUGAAUCCUUUUGCUAUUCUUGAUCCCAAUUUCACCGGAAGUAUAUUUAACAGUGGGCCAGGGUUAAUGGAUGGUGAACCAUUUGUCUCCCAUCCAAGAGAAGUGAGGCAGAUCCCCAUUGAGGUCAAGGAUGGGCCUAGUACAGAAACUGAUCGUUCUGGACGUGCUCCUAGAAUCGAAGAUGUUUCCGAGACUUUAAUAGAAAAUAUUCCAGAAACUCAUGGAAAUGUGAUUAUUGAUGAUGAUGAUGAUGACGACGAUGAUGACGACGAUGAUUAUAUUCCAAUUUCUGUUCCAUCUGGGCGUAGUGAACGUGCAGGUAUACAUAAUUUGAGACCAAUUGGUGAUUUACCUGACUAUGGCAUUGAAGAAGAGAUGAUCCGGGCUGCAAUUGAGGCUUCCAAACAGGAUUCCCUGAUUGGUCAAGGAGAUGUUGUAGCUCAGCCUAGGCAGUCUCAUUUAGAGGAUCCUGAACUGGCACAGGCAGUCUCUUUGUCUAUAAAGACUGCUGAGCAAGAGAAAGCCUUACGUCAAGUAGGAUCUGAUGUUGGGCCAUCAGCACCAAGAAGUACGGAAUUGAUCGAGAUAGAAGAUGUGGAGACAUUGCCUUCAUCAAAUGGAAGGUUGAAUGUGGGAAGCUCAUCUAUUCCAGAUGAAGUUGAAGAUACAGAAGAAGAGCCUCUUGUUAGAAACAGGAGUCGACUUAUAUCCUCUACCUCUAUUGACUCUGCCGAUGACAUUGAAGAAGUGGAUUUGAGCUCACCACCGAGUCCUCCACACCAGCCAGAUAUCGUCCGUCCCGGGAACAACAGCACUGACUUCCCAUCUGAAUGGGGAGGUAUCUCAUCCCUGGAACAUGAUGAAGCGGUCAUGCUCGAGGCUGCAAUCUUUGGUGGAAUUCCUGAAGGGAGCAGAUAUCAUGUACCAUAUGCACCACAUCAAUACAUGCAGAAUGACAUAGAUGGAACUUUGGGACCUUACUCCAGGCCGACACCUCGCCCUCCAUCACCCAAUCUUACUGCUCAGCGUUUAAUAAGAGAACAGCAGGAUGAUGAGUAUCUUGCAUCUUUGCAAGCUGACAGAGAAAAAGAGCUGCUAGAACAGUCAGCCAAAGAAGCUGCCAUGGAAGAAGAAAGGCGUAAGGAAGAAGAGGCACGCAUAAAGCUGGAAGAGGAACAGGAAAUUGAGAGGCAGUUGACAGCAAAAGAAGCGUCCCUUCCUCAGGAACCUACAUCUGAUGAUGAAAAUGCUGUGAAUCUUCUUGUGCGCAUGCCUGAUGGAAGCCGCCGUGGUCGCAGAUUUCUCAGGACUGACAAGCUACAGUAUCUUUUCAACUUCAUCGAUGUUGCCCGAGUGGUCAAGCCUGGUUCGUACAGACUGGUGAGACCUUACCCUCGCCGUGCAUUUAAUGAUGGAGAAAGUAACUUAACGUUGAAUGAACUUGGUUUAACUAGCAAACAGGAGGCACUAUUUCUUGAGUCUAUUUAGAAUCUGGUGUCAAAAUAGCAGCUUUUGUUACUUAGAAAACAUAGACCUCAUGAAAAAUACAUAUACCAAUAGUGUGGUUGUGGUACGAGCGUCAUGGUUCUUUGGUCAUAUCCAAUGUGUCAUUGAGCUCAUUGGUUUGGACCUUUCUACAAGGUGUGGGCCAGGAAGCUCUUUGAAUGUUUGGGUGUGAUAACUUUUGUAUUUAUAUAGUUGAUAUUAAUAUUGGAUGACAUUUAUUCUGGGAGGACUCCAUUGCAUAGUAUUCUGUGUUUGUAAAAUAUAUUGUUUUUACAUGGUUUGUUUGGAAA